AUGGCGGCCAUGUCAGCCGUCUCGGGUACCACCACGCUUACUCCCCCAACUAGCUCGCAUGGAGACCAUUCAGGAUGGAAACACCCAUCCUCCAGCCAUCAUGAUCGGUCUAUGUCAAAUAAAUUAUCUACAGACCGACAUGAGAUUAAUGGCCAUGUAAGAGGACGACCAGGUUCCCAGGAUGAGGACGACCAACACUUAAUAGGCAGCCACCUAUCUAGCAAAGAUCCUCGCUCAAGCCAGUCCACAUCAAUAUCUGAUCACAAGCGCCCCUAUGCCGAUGUUUCAUCCUCAAAACUUGACGACGAGCAUUCGAAAUGGAUCCACAGAGAUAAACUAGCCAGGAUUGAGAAUCAGGAACUCCAGGCCGCCGGUAUUGUGCUACCCAAGUCGAGAGCCACGAGCAGAUCACGACGUGAUCGUAGUCAGGACAAGAAUGGACAUCGACGAGCCGCGGAUGGUUCAGAUCAGCAGCACUUCAAUACGAGAUCUCGAAAGAAUUCGGAGCUGAGCCUUGAUAGGCCUUAUGAUAUUGAAGUCCCCAGCUGGGACUUGCGUCUUCCCGAGGAGAUAGCGGAGGAUCCUGGUGAGUAUUGGGUAACGAGAGACACAGGAAAAUCCCGUAUCCCGGUAGCGAAGGUUAGCCCGGCGCCAGUCCCUGUCGACUAUCUGGAUCGAGACUCACCUGCUGCGCGAAAGCCCAGCUUCUCUUUACCUGACGAAGAUAACUCAAUUUCGCUGCCAAAACCCCGACCACGCAGUCGUAGUGCCAAUAUACUCGACACUCCGAAGAUACAGCCCAACAAACGCACUGUGACGGAAGGAUCGCCUAAGAAGGCGACACCUGGAGCUAGGAAAGGAUCUACGGCGGCCAAGUCAGUUGCGCAAAGCCGACCUAAGGCCAAAUCUGGCGUAACUUCUCGUAGUGGUUCCAAAACACGGCCAACAACCAGAUCAGGGGAGCUAUCCCCUGUGUCCAAGUCCGCCCCCGAAGGUGACCCGCCAUGGAUGAUCUCCGCAUAUAAGCCUGAUCCACGACUACCACCAGACCAGCAAUUACUUCCUACAGUUGCGAAGAGAUUACAACAAGAGAAGUGGGAACAAGAAGGCAAAUUCGGGAAUAUAUACGACAAAGAAUUUCGCCCUCUCAACGACGAUGUAUUCACAAGACCUCCCGAGCUAGACAAGCCAAAGGAAAGCGAAGAGGAGAAGCAAGACGAAUGGCCUUUACGAACCGAAGCUAAGAGCCCGACUCUAAAUCGUGCUGGCCCGAGUUCUUAUUCAACAAUGCCUAGGAUACAAGACAAGUCUGGGGCCAGCCCUCUUCCGAGUCCGGUAACGAUGCAACACCAGCAGCAGCAGCAGCAGCAGCAACAACAACAGCAGCAAUAUCAACAUCACCAGCAAGCCCAGGCUGAGCAGAACCCUAUAAUACCAAUCGAGAUAGAGCAACCUAAAGAAGAGGAAGAAGAAGAAGAGGCGAAGAAGUCGGGCUGUGGUUGCUGCAGUGUAAUGUGA